GAAGAGGAAGAAGUAAAACGAUUCUGCUAUUUGGUAGCUUAGCCCGAAUGUGCCUCCAAAUAUGUGACAAACGUGAGGUUAACCAAUUUUCGGACACUCUCUUUAUUUUAUUUGCCAUCACCUGCAAACCAUGGCGGACUGUAAGUUUCUGUUGGACACGGACAUCUCGGCCAAAAGGGACUGUUGCUGUUUCUGCUGCUCUUGUUGUUAUUGUAGCUAGCGCUAGCGUUAGCUAAUUUAGCUCACUGCUGUCUUCGCUCUCACCAUAACCGAUGUUGAUUCAUUGCUGCGGGGCAGUGAACCGUAAAAACAAGGCAACUCUGGAGCAAGUUACAGACAUCGACAACUGUCCUUAACCAUGUUUAUGUUGCGCUUCUUGACACAUUAGCUAAUUAGCCUUAGCCAGUACUUUAGGCAAGGUUGCAGUGCACGACAUGCUAACGUUAUUUAACAAGUGAAACAUCAAAGUUACAGCUGCGUGCUUUAAGAGAAGACACCUCAGUGAAAAUGAUGUUACUAGCUAAAGUCAGCUAACACACCUACGCUGCCAGCAGUUACAGCUGUCUGCUAGUUUUAACAUGGAGCAGCAGACAGCAGCCAGAGACAUGGCUCUCGGUCUUCACCACACAUCUGUCUGAGUUGUAACGCCCGUGAAGGAGAAACCAUGUCUUGCAAAGCCGCAACCAAGGACAAGAAGCCGAGCUUCAGCAAGAAGCUGUUCAGGCGAGGCUCUGUGCGCUCUGUAGGCAGUUUCAUGAGCAGAGUCCUCAGGACACUGACGGCGCUAUCCCACUUUGGCUCUGAGGUGCAGACAGAAGAUGACAAAGAUGAUGGAGGAUUCUCCACGUUCAAAUCUGGGAGUAAAGAUGUGCCCAUGGAUGAUGGGGAGCUCGCAGGGUUUCUGUCUGGAGAGAGAGUUCCUGGAGUGUCAGGCCUCAAGAACCACGGGAAUACCUGCUUCAUGAAUGCAAUCCUGCAGUGUCUCAGCAACACUGAACUCUUUGCUGAGUACCUCGUUUUGGAGCACUACAAAGGUGAGGAGCUGGAUGAGGACAAACCAAAGACAAAUGGCGUACUUCUGCAGAAGAAGGGUCCUCUGGCCAAAGGAGAAGUUACAGAGCAGCUGUCAGGACUUGUGCGGGCUUUGUGGACGUUUGAAUAUACCCCACAGCAUAGCAGGGAUUUUAAGAAUGCUGUGUCAAAAAAUGCCACCCAAUUCAAAGGGAACGCUCAGCACGAUGCUCAGGAGUUUCUGCUGUGGCUGCUGGACAGAGUACACGAAGACAUCAACUCAGUCAACCCCAACUGCAGACCUGCUAUAAAGCCACCCAUUGAAGAAGACGAUCAGAGCAUAGAAGGGCCGUCUCCUCCCCUCUCUGCCGGGUCGUUUGUACAAGAGCUGUUUCAGGCUCAGUACAGGUCUUCUCUUACGUGCCCACAUUGCCAAAAGCAGAGCAACACGUUUGAUCCCUUCCUCUGCAUCUCCUUACCGAUCCCACUGCCGCACACACGGCCCCUGUAUGUGACAGUGGUGUACCAGGGGAAGUACUCUCACUGCAUGAGGAUCGGAGUGGCUGUUCCCCUCAACAGCACCGUCUAUCGCCUCAGAGAUGCUGUGUCACGUGAGACCAAGAUCCCGAUGGACCAGGUGCUAUUCUUGUCUCUUUAUCAGCUGAGGGUCUGA